CGACAAAAUUCUCGCUGUCGCCUUGCCUGGCUACUGGAUGUCAAAAACAUCGAAACACAGUUUCAUCAUCACAAGAUGCCUACAAAAGGCAUAGACCAUCGCCGCAUACAUAUAGUGCUGACUUCGGCAAUGGACUACAUCAAGGGCUUUCGACAGUAUCAUGUGAACUUCUGGCUCUGCACGCUUCUGUUAUUUCUCGUGGAGCUUGGUUGUGCAAUCCUUGCUGCUCCUUCGCCAAUGCUUCUAGAGACAGCCGUCUGUCGGCGUCAUUUUGAGAAAGACAGACAACUUCUUAAUGGAGAGCCGACUGAUGAGUUUUGCAGGAGCAAGGAGGUACAAGUGCAUUUCGCAUUCGUAAUAACUGUGCUGUCAACACUGUCGACAUUGGCUGCGACGAUGAUGCAAAUACCAAUGGGAAUGAUUGGGGACAAAGGCGGUAUUCGUCUUGCUUUUAUGCUGAAUGCGACUAGUACUAUCUUCUACUGGGGAUGCAUAGCAAUCGUAGGAUCGCAGCAACACUUUCCACUCUGGGGCUUCUAUCUCUCACCAAUGUUCAUACUCUUAGGAGGUGGACCAUGGGCGGCUGGUACACUUGUUUUCGCCGCCAUUAGCGACAGUGUCAAGCCAGAACAAAGAACAACGGCGUUCUCGAUCAUGGAGGCGAUAUCAGGAAUUGCGGACCUCCUCGGGCCAAUUAUUGGCACAAUGACGAUGACCAUUCAUCUCGGGAUUCCGUUCGCUCUCGCACUCGUGGUUUUCUCUUUGAUGUUCAUUCCAGCGAGCCAUCUUCGCGAGAACACAGUGAGCGACAUGGAGGGUGUUCGGUCAUCACUAGCUGAGACCGAGUCACUUCUCAGUGUCGACAGCACUUCGGAUCGUGAGGAGACUGACUUAGAACACACCGCCAGGGACCUGCUCCCUCCAAGAGCCGUCAUAUUCAGCAUAUGCUUUAUCUGCUUCUUUUUCUUCCAGGUAGCAAGGGACUCCACCAACUAUUUGAUACCUUGGGUGUCUUUACGCUUUGGAGAGACCAUGGCCCGGGCCGGACUCCUAUUCUCUCUACGAGCAAUCAUGUCAUCUCUUCUAUACUUUGUUAUCUUGCCGCUUGCCACUUCUUGGAUAGACCAGACUUGGCAAAGUGCAAACAGAGAUCUUGCACUUUCUGCAUCAGGUGCUUUUUGUUGUACAUUGGGCACUCUCAUUGUCGCAGCCGCACCAAACCUUGCGACGGUUGCUUUUGGAUUUGGACUAUCGGUUCUGGGAUCAAGCAUGACCGUUACGUUACGAUCUUUCCUUGCUUCAAACGUGCAAAAUGCUUUUUCGGGGCGUUUAUUCGCGGGUAUCUCUAUGACAGGGACUAUUGGUAGCCUCGUUGGCAUGCCCAUCAUGGGAGCUGCCUAUUCUUUGGGCAUCAACUACAAUAUUGGGCUUCCUUUCUUGGUUUCGGCACUAUCGUAUUUUCUCGUACUUGGACUCCUUGUAUGGCUUGCGUCGAGGAUUUGACAUGGUGACGGAGACAGCGGGCGAGUCGCGAGAAGAGGUUGCAAGCCUUAAGACAUAUCUACGUGAAUAUUAAACACCCAUGCAUUAAAUUGAAUAUCACGUCGAGGUCGCAUGGAUAUUUUUUGACUAUCUUCACUAGUUACAUUCACGUUUCUCAUAAUACCUGUCUCUGACAUCGGAUGCAAGGGACGACCCUUAAUAAUGCUUUGGACAGACCCAACAAGCCCGCGCAAGUUUGAUUGUGGCAUCAUUCAGACCACUCUUGCAAUCGAACGACCAGACAGACGGACUAUGGGUCGGGGUGAGGUCAACGCUAAGGUCCUCAGGCCUAGAGGCAGGUACAGUGAAGUUGACACGACCUCGAUUCUUCUCGAUGCGGCCGACAAUUUCAUCUUCACCAAUGACACAGAUGCCCAAGACAUCCAAGAGAUUUGUCUCAGCCAAAAAGGCACGCAGCCGUUCUACAAAUCCAGCGGGCAGGGGGACGUCCUUGUACUCUUCUUGGCCAGGAUGAUUGAAGCCAAACUCAUAUGGCUCCAGCAUAUCAUCCCAAAACCUCCAGGACCGUGGAACUAGGUAGCCUCCAGCCAUUCUA